AUGACCGAUUCGAUAAAGACAAAUAAGAAGAAGGAGGUCGCCGCCCACGCGCUGCAGAACAACGUCUUCCACAACUACCCGCGCUUCAUCUCCACCUCCAAGGAAAUACAGAGUAUGGAGGAGGACAUGCUUGAGGUGCGCAACAUGAUGACCAAGUGCGGCGGCAUUCUCAAGACGCUCGAGGGCACCCAAGUCACAUCGCAGGCCAAAGAAGGUCGAAUCACAAAGCCGGGCCUCGCCAUCAAGCCGCCGACGGGCCUUGCUGGCCUCGCUGACUUCAGCGACGAGGGCGUGCCGCUCGACGACCUCCUCUCAGAACUCGACGUCUACAUCGGCGAGCGGCGCUACCGCGAGGCGUCGGACCUGCUGCAGCGGGUCGAGACCAUCGUCGACCAGCACGCCCGGCUCGACUCGAGCCUGGGCAAGGGCCGGAAGGCCAACGAGCUGCAGAAGCGGAUCGAAAAGCAGCGGCAGCAGCUGGCACGCCUUCUCAUGCACGACCUCAAGAGCCCCGCGCUGCACAAGAGCGAGCACCGUCUGCUGAUCACAUGCCUCCUCAACCUGGGUCUUCCGCUCGUUGCACGCGAUCUAUUCCUCGAUGCGAGGUCGGAGCGCAUUCGGGCGGACAUCCGAAAGCUGCAGUUCGACGGCGAUCUGGUGAAACACGUGGAGGAGCUCUCGCGCAUCGUCUUCACCACGAUCGCCGCCUCGUGCGACGAAUUCCGCGCCCACUUCCCCGACCCGUCGCUCUCCUCCGGGCUGGUGGUGUGGGCCGUCGAGGAGGUGAGCAAGUUCGCCCAGCGGCUGAAGCGGGUCGUGUUCGCGUCGAACGACUUUCAUGCCAUGGCGCGCUGCGUGCACGUGGCGAUGCUCUUCAGCAAGCUCACCGAGGACAAGGGCCUGGCCCUCGGCUGGAAGCUGUGGACGCUCUUCUCCGAACAACUGCUCGCCUCGCUCCAGGCCUAUGCCCAACGCAUUCGCAACGCCCUCUCGAAUCAAGUAGCCAACGAAAACUGGGUGGCACGCAUGCACUGGGUCUACGACUCUGUGCCCCGCCAACAGACCGACGAACACGAGGGCCAGGUGGAGCUCAAGCUUUCCGAGAGCGGGAAAUAUCUGUACUCUUCCCUCCAAGCCUUCGCCGACAACGCCGCACUUGUGCUGCACCCCACGAUGGUGAACAAGGUGGUCAGCAUGGUGUGCGCCAUGCUGGUCGAGUACCUGAACACGCUGGCCCAACAGCUCAAGUCGCCCAGUCUCAACGACAAGCAGGUCCUCGCCAUCCUGGUGAAUUGCCGGGUGGCUGUGCACCAACUGCUGCCCAACGUGCUUGGCCUGUUCUAUGCGAAAGAUCAGGAACAAACGCGAGCGCGCAGUGCGACUGUAGAGCUGGCCAUCGAAAAGGCCGAGAAGCGCGUGUGGAACUCGUUCGCCAACACCCGCGCCGACAACAUUGUCUUCGAGAAGCUCAAGUGGAAUGAGACCGACUACUCUUCCUCGAGCGUGGAUGUGGAGGGUCCGUCGGGCAAGUUCGUGCGGCUGUACGAAUACCUCAAGCAGCUGACGGAGUGGAUCGCCGACGAGCUCGAUCCCGCGUGUGCCACACCUAUUGCCUCGGCCAUCAUGUCUCACAUCGUCGUUCGCCUCGCUAGUCGGGACACACUGUUCUGGGCUUUCGAGAAGGAACAGGACUCAAAGUCCGCCAAGUUCGGCGCUGGUGGCAUUCAGCAGUUCAUCGUCGACCAGCGCUACCUCAUGCAGUUCUCUGCCCGCUUCAAGUGCGGCGAAGAGGUGAACACGAGCCUGAUGGAGAUGAUACAGCGGGCGGUCAUCGCCUACUGCCGAUCAUCCGGCUCUGAGCCUCAAACCAUUAUCAAGGUGAUCACUGCGGCUUCUGACGCGUGA